AUGGUUCCUAACCUCUUCAGAUUCUCCUGUCUCUUCAUGACCAUGAUCAUUGUCUCCAUCUUAAGCAACAUUCCUAUGCUUCAGUGUCAAGAAAAUGAGCAAUAUGCUACCUGUGGCAACUCAUUUCAGUGCGGAAACAUUCGAAACAUCGGCUAUCCUUUCUCGGGGCAGAACCGGCCAUCGUACUGUGGCCACCCAGGUUUCCAGCUAAAUUGCCAAGGUUCCGCCCUGUUCAUCACAAUUCAGUCAAUGGAUUACCGAGUCCUGGCAAUCGAUAACCGAACACAGACUCUCACAGUUGCAAGAAACGAUAUGUCCAACAUGACCAACAACACAAACUCAACCUUGGUGACAUGCGAUGACAGCCUCUUUGUUCCGGUUAAUCAAACCUCGGCUCAGGCUUUAGCGAACAAUUUGGCUUCCAUUAAUGAUCUAAGAGCAGCUCUUGAAGGUGGUUUUCAAUUGCACUGGGCUGCAAAUGAUACGUACUGUAACCAAUGCAUCAAACCGGGUGGGCGAUGCCGCUCCAAUUCCACUUCAAUUCCGCAACCUUUGCUUCCAACUGCGCUGAUCGACCUUAUCGGCUUAUCCACUCGAAUGUGUACAUAA